AUGGCGCCAAUUUAUCUAACCUUCAUUGCCUCUCUGCUGCUUGCAUCUUCAACCUUCUGUGAACAACUUUGCCUGGAAGGAUGCAAAUGUGAAGACCACCCUUCAGAAAAACUGGGACCCCAUUUGAUGAUAGACUGCAGCAACCUUGGUAGCUCUAGUGUACCGAGAGAUCUCAAUAAGUUUCAAAAUUACGGUCGGCCAAUGCAUCUCAAGCUCAGUAAGAACAUAAUAGCCCGAGUAUCCAAAGCAGACUUUCCUGAAAACUUACCAAUCAUCGCCCUGGAUUUCAAUCAAAACCGUGGAGUUAUGAUUACAGAUGAUGCAUUUAUGAACAUCAAAGGUCUUCGAUACCUUGGAUUAAACGAUAUAAGCAUGCCUUUCACAGAUACCAUGAAAUAUCUUAAGGGAAUGACCAAGCUUCGGUAUCUGUACUUGAACAAGAACUACCAAUUUGGCGAAGGUUUGGUUCCUGUAUCGUUGUUCUCUGGAUUGGAACUUAAAUUGAAGGAUCUUUCUCUUCAUGAUUGUUAUUUAAAAGGAAUUGAAAAUGGUGCCUUGGCUAAUGUCGUAAUAACCGGAAGUUUGGAUAUAGGUGCAAAUCAGUUGGAUCACAUCCCAGAAGAAGUUAAGACUCUGAAAAAUUUAACUAAAUUGGACGUUUCCCAAAACAGCAUCAAGAGCAUUCCGAGCAACACCUUCGAGGGAAUGUCCAAACUUAGGACUCUUUCUCUCAGUAAUAAUUACAUCAAUGGACAAAGUUUCAAGACAGAUUCCUUCAAUGGUUUAAAACUGAAAGAAUUAAGAUUAGAGAAAUCAGAAUUGAACACCAUUCCAUCUGCAGCUUUAUCUUCAUUAUCCAGCCUUAAAAUACUCAAAUUGAAUAACAGUCCAAUUAAAACAAUCCCAAAACACUCUUUUAAUGGAUCGUAUUGUCUGGAAGUACUAGAUUUGACCAAUGUCUUAGUUGAAAUUGAAAAUACCCAUUUAGAUGGCUUAGAAUCCUGCCUACAGAAAUUGUACCUCAACAACAUGCAAAUUCGCGAAAUUCCAAAAUUUUUUAAAGAUUUCAAAGUCUUGAAUUACGUGUCACUUUCAGGAAAUUCCAUCUCUGAAAUUAAAAUGGACGACUUGGUCGGAACCACAAUCACGGAGCUGGAUCUGACAGAAAACCCACUACACAGAAUUGAAAAGGGAUCGUUCGAAGAAUUUCCUCAUGCGAUAUCACUCAUCAUUUCCGAUACACGCCUUUCAAAUCUGAGUUUCGUGCGCGACUAUGAGUAUGGCACAAUCAAAACCAUCAAGUUGGGAAAUGUUCUUCCAAUGUGUGAUUGUGAACUGGCCUUUGCAGAGUAUCGUGUUCUGGAAAUCCAUGGAAAUUGUAAUUUUAAUAAUACAAAGAACGUGGCUAUCAGCACGGAUGAGUUUAUGUCUGUAACAAGUCACUGUUGGCCUGAUGGUAAAAUGCCCCAGAAAAAGGAUGUAUGGGCAGUUGUAGGAGACAAUAGUGCUGGCACUUUUUCAACCUCAAUCUUAAGUUAUUUUUGUGUGUUUUUAUUUUUUAAAGUUUUGAAUAUUGUGUAA